UCCUUUCUAAUGUACCCACACCCUAGUCUAUACAGAACUUAGUCCCACCACUGAGAGACAAUGAGGCUUCUGCUAUUGCUGCUGUCACUGACCAGCUGGGGCCCCCCAGGAAACCUUGGAGAGGGAAUCCCCCAGGAAACCAUCCCAUUGUCAGCCACAUCCCCUCAUUUUGAUGAAGAAGAAAAAUACUCAACCCACAUGCCCCAACAUCUGCGCUGUGAUGCCUGCCGGAUCAUUUCUUACCAGAUGUGGAAGCAUCUGACUGAAACAGAGACCAAGCUGCUGAGCCACAGGGCCAAGGGGGCUUCUCUGAGGGAGUCUGAGUACACCGAUGUCCUGGAAAAAUGCUGUUCUCAGAGCUGGAAGAAUUACGGGGUCCGGGAAGUAAACAAGGUGAAACGCUUUGUUGGCCCAGGACUGGCCAAUGUUGAGGGCAUCAGUGUGAUGAUCAGCGGAGGCCCAUGGCCAGGCAGGCUCUUCAAGAUGUGCCACAACUACCUGGGAGAGCUUGGGGAAGAUCAGCUGUACAGGGAACACAGGCAGGGGGGCCGGGAGGCCCUGGAGAGGCUGCUGUGCAGAGGGACCUGUCCGGAAGGGGCAACACCCGGCCAAGGGGACUUCCUCCGGGAGGAACUUUAGCCUUUUAUCACUCAGGAGAGAGGUCUUGUGCCCCCAGGACGUGCCAGAGGGGCUACUGGUCCAGCAGACCUCUGGGACAUAAUAGGACUUUCUGCCUUCCCUUCACAAAACCCACCGAAGCCUCAUUUCUGGGAGCUAACUCCAUCAUCAGCUCUGCUUGGAACAAAGACCUUCCUCAGUCCUACAAGGGGAAAGUCGGGGACAACAGUCUCACCUGGGGGGAUCAGGAAAGCCAGAAUUGGAUCUCAGACUUCUUUCCCCGUCUGUGAAUUAGAGAUCACACAUCUCCCCCUUGAAUCCUUUCCUUCCCCUUCCCCUUCAUCCUUCUCCCGUAUUCAUCCCCUGAUUCUUUCUCUUCCUCCUUCUCUUCUCCCCCUCUAGGGUCUCCUGGGUCCAGUCCCUGAUGGGGGAAGGGUAGACAGGAGAGGAUGUUUUUGGAUCUUGGAAUCAUCCUGUCCUAUUAUCAUCUAACCCACUAAACUUCAAUAAAAUAAAAUAUCCUUUCCCCA